GUCAUGGCUGCGCACCAAGCGCACACACAACGACUCUUGGGACACUCAAUUAUCCCAAAUCCGGCAAAUGUCGAUGAGGAAUGGAGAGACCCUUAGACAUCUUGGAAUGAAGAGAAGAUUGGAAGGAGAAGUCACUCUGGACGAGGAUCGUUUGCGUCUCUAGAUGACAAAGCAGAAAAUGUUGGUUGUGCCCAACGCAAUAAGCGUUUGCUUGUUGUCCUUUUGCUUGGCUUCGUUCUGAGAGUGGAAGAUCCAAAUCUGGAGAGAAUCCUUGGUCGCUGGGAAAACCAAAAGCUUUUCAUCUCUGUGGGAAAGCCCUUUGCGGAUGGCUUUCCGUUUGGGAAAACAUCUUCUUGACUCGGCACAGAAUUAUUAUGGGACUAUCCUCUCCAAAACCGUCCUGCAAAAGCUGUUUUAUUGUUAAACUGGAAAUAUUCCCAUUUUGGGCAAAACUGGCCCUCUUCUACUUUCAGCAACACAGAAGGCCAAUGGUUGAGGACUAGAAAUCUCCGUGACCGAUCUCUGGAGUUGCUGGAUGGAUCAGAAUGGUGGAACCCAUUGGCUCAAGGAGGCCACCCUACCUGGCAAACCUGCCUUUCUUCAUGAAAAUCUUCAUCCUUCUCCUGUUGGGUAGAAACGUCGUCUCCCACUGCAAGAUCUCCCGGUGCAACUCGGCCUACCUGGCCGCCACAGAGAAUAUACAAGGCCCCAAGCAGAACGCUUCUCUGUGUGAAGCUCUGCGUUCCUACUCGGUCUGCACCCGAAGAACGGCCCGCACCUGCCGAGGCAACCUCGCCUACCACUCGGCCGUCUACGGCAUCGAAGACCUCAUGAUUCAGAACAACUGCUCCAAGGAAGGUCCCACUUUGCCGCCACGGCCCAUCCAGCCGGGUCCCAACCAGCCGGGCUUUGCCUCCCCGGACAUCUGCGACUAUGAGAAGAGCUUUGCCCGUUUGCACGGGGGGUCCCCAGCUUACCGGCAUUGUGCCGCCUUCGGAGACCCCCACGUCCGGACCUUCAGCGAUGAGUUCCACACCUGCCGAGUGGAAGGCUCUUGGCCUCUCCUGGACAACCAUUAUCUCUUCGUCCAGGCCACCAGUUCUCCCAUUAUGGAAGGAUCCUAUGCCACUGGCAUUACCCAGCUCACCGUCAUAUUUAAGAACAUGAAAGAGUGUGUGGAUGAGAAGAUCUACCAGGCAGAAGCAGGAGACCUUCCAGCUGCUUUCAUUGAUGGCUCCGUGAAUGGAGGGGAGAGGCCUGGCGGGAGCAGCUUGACCCUCCAUGAACGCACCUCCGGGCGGCACGUGGAGAUCCAUGCGGCAUACAUCGGCACCACCAUCGCCGUGCGCCAGGCAGCCAGGCACCUCUCUUUCUCCAUCCAAGCAGCUGAGCAGGUGGCCUUCUCUUUCACGGAUGAACAAGACUUGCAGCUUUGUGUUUUCGGGUGCCCUUCGGACCAGCGUGUCUCCCGGAGCGCCUGCUGUCCCCAACGGGGCAACGUAACCCCAGAGGUGGCUCGCCGGCUUUGCAAAGAGAAGCUGGAAGUGGAUGAUGUUUAUUUCCAGUCGUGCGUCUUUGAUGUGAUGGUGUCUGGCGAUGCCAACAUGACUCAGGCGGCACAGGGCGCGUUGGAAGAUGCCAAAGCGUUCCACCCAGAUCCCAAGAAUAUUCACAUUUUCCAAAUGGAUAAAGGCUUGCGUUUGUGUAGCUCGUCCUUCUUUCAUUCCUUACUAGUUGUUUUGGUGCUUGAACUGGGCCUUUAAAACUUGUAAUGAGUCAACGUGGCCAGCAAAGGUGGCUGGUUUCUCCAAAAGGCAUCGGUGAGCAAACUCAGGAUCUUCUGUUGUUGUUGUUGUUGUUGUUGUUGUUGUUGUUGUUGUUGUUGUUGUUGUUGUUGUUGUUACGAGCGCUACACUGCAGAAUUAGUGCCCAUCUGUACCCACACAAGUUGUUUGAUAUUAUCUGAAUUCUAUUGUGAACUUUUCUUGAUGGUUAUUUUGGAAAGCCAGAACUUUUAAAUAAUGGUAGCAAUGCUAAAAACUCACAGAAAAAGUAAAUUUUAGGAAAUCAGUUUCUCAUUUGCCAGAAAUAUAAAGUAGGAACAGAGCUUUUUCACUGGUCAUGCAAACUACCCACAAACUCAUAGAAUAAUAUAAUUUCUGGAUUGAGAAUCUCUCACUCUACUAUUUCGGUAGGUUGCAUCUACUCUGUAGAAUUAAUGCAGUUUGGAACCACUUGAACAACCAUGGCUUGCUAUGGAAUUCUGAGAAUCAUGGUUUUCUGAGGAACCAGUGUUUCUUGGCAGAAAAAGUAAAACACCUUGUGAAACUACAACUCUCAGGAUUCAGUAGCAUUCAAGUGGUUCCAAACUGCAUUAAUUCUGCAGUGUAGAUGCACCCUAAAAUGGCUACGUCUUUGAAAACGACCCAAAUGGAGCACAAACUCUCUCAUGUUUAGAGAUGUACCAAUAUCUGCUUAACAUUUUCAGAACUUAACAAUU